ACCGCAGAGGCUUCAAGAUAGGUUCAGAACUGAAAUACAACUCAAUCUAUAUGGUAUAGGAUUCUAAUGGUGCCAAAUGUAUAUCGCUUGUAUUCAAAUUCGAAAUCAAGAUUGCAUUACUAGCAUUGAUUGUAUGCAUCGUAAUUGCAUUGUGGCGAGAUAUAAGCAUCUAAUUUUGGCAAGGGCUCGACCGAGCUGGCAGAAAAGUACUGCAUUCAUAAAACUGUUUGCCAAUCAUUUCUUCAGAUUCGAAGAUACUUGAAGAGAGAACCUCUUUAUCCACGGCGCUGCAUCUUUAUCUUGUAUUCAAUUUUCUUGGAUAAGACAACCUUUAAAGUAUUUCAAAAUGGCGAUCAUCAUGAAGAGUUGCUGUUGCUUUGAAACGAUUGAGAAGGGAACGGUGGCUUCAGCUAUUUAUUCUAUGUUGACAUCUAUCAUCGCAUUCGGAUGGGUAACAUACAGGAUUCAACCUCUUCAAACAUUAUUUCAAGAUAUGGAAGGGGAUCAUGAGAUGCACAUCCGAGCUAUAUAUAUUUCUUAUCUGGUAGCUGUCAUCUUAACUAUCUCCUUGGUCGGUUCGUCUAUGAUUCUUCUUAUAGGAACCAUAAAGGGUAAACGUUUCUUUAUGGUACCUUUCCUCAUCAUAAUCUUGAUCACCAUCGUCCUUCAAGUGCCCUUCACAAUCUUCUUGCUCUGUCACUUUGUUAAGACCAACUUUGUGAAUCUAACUAUUCUGGUACACGUACUUUUCAACGUACCUCUCGUCUUUUUAAACAUUGCAAGUUUUUUCUGUGUGAUCGCGAGGUUUCAGCAGUUAUCAUCCCAACCUGAAGAUCCAUCCGACUCUGACAUCGAAAGCCUGGAUGAAAUCAAGAUUGAAAACUUUAAUCGUCUCAGGAGAGAAUCUCAACAUAUCACGAUCUUAAAGAUACACACCACUGUUUGAGGCACCCUCGGUUUAUUGGCAGACGAACGCUCAUUUCGGAUAAUUCAGUGAAGUUUUUGAAUAUCGACUGAUAUAGCAAGACAACAAAAACGAUGAUUACAGUCAUGAUGACUACGACGAAAGUGAUGAUGAUGGUGAUGAUAAUGAUGAUGAUAAUAAUAAUUGGUAUAACAUAAUAUACGUGAUCAACAUUUCGCGGGAUAUUGAAAUCUCAAACAAUUUAUUAGAAAUACUUUUAUUAUAAAAAAGUAAUCAUCAUUCCUGAAGUGGAGUUAUGUGACUAUAUAA